UGCCUCCCCCACUCUUCUUUAUAUACCCAACUUCUCCUCUUCCUUCCUUCCCUUUUCCCUUUCUUUCUCUUCUAUAACCUUCCUUUCUUGAGCUUCAACUAAUUUUCUUCUUUCUCUCUUUCCUAAUGUUCUAUCCCGAAGGAGAAAUCGUCAAGUUUUGUAGGCCGAUUCAAGAACCCGGGUUCACGACGGCCGAAAUCCAAGAGCUUUGGUCUCUACUAGAAGAUCCAGCUAGGUCGAACUCUGGUUCACAAGACUCAUCUCAAGCCGUAUCUUUGAUCGACGAAGAGAGGAGGCGUAAGCGAAUGAUAUCGAACCGAGAGUCAGCGAGACGGUCGAGGUUGAGGAAGAAGAGACAUUUGGAGAAUCUAGCGGUCCAAACGGACCGGUUGAAGAUGAAGAAUCAGGAGCUGAAAAGGCAGCUGAAUUUAGUGGUGAACCGUUAUUAUAUGGUAAGAAGACAAAAUGAAGGACUGUGGUCGGAAUUUGUAGCACUUCAUGCACGAUUGUCGGACCUUUAUCGGAUUUCUGUUCCCAUGCAGGAGAAGGAGAAUUCCUGCAUGCAAAUAUCAUUCAAUUAUUUCUCUUAAAAAUUUUCAUGGAAAAAUUUUACGUACGGAAGUCAUUAGAAUGAAAUAAUAAUAAUAAUUAUUGGCUUCAAUUAAAAUAGGAUAUUCUCAUUUUAGUUAAAGUUAUAUAUAUAUAUAUAUAUAUAUAUAUAUAUAUAUAUAUUAGUCUUUGUUGGGUAUAU